AAGAGAUUACUUUGACUAUAGUCUGUCAAACUUUAUUAUUGCCAUUGUUUACAUUAAAUUCGUCACAAGACACGUGCCGGUGGCAACACACCGGCAUUUAAAGUCAUUUGGCCCCCAAAUCUUUCAAAUAAAUCAAAAUUUUAAUGACUAACAACAUGUUGAUGCAAUCAAAUGGAAUAAAGCAAUUGUUCACAUAGAGUUUGGUACCAGUGUGUGUCAACAAAAGCAGAAGAUAAAACAACAACAAACAAGGAAAACAAAACAAAAAUGAACAAUAUACCGCAAAGUAAACACUACAAUCUAACACAUUACCAACAGCGCUAUAACUGGGAUUGCGGUGUAUCCUGCAUACUGAUGAUAUUGUCCACCGCACAGCGUAAACAGUUCCUCAACAAUUUCGAGACCAUCUGCAAGGAGGAGGGCUUCGGCGUUAGCACCUGGACAAUUGAUCUAUGCUAUCUUCUGCAGCGCUAUAAUGUGCGACACGAGUACUUUACCCAAACACUUGGAAUCGAUCCUAGCUACAAGAAGCACAUGUACUAUACGCGCAUAAUUGACAAGGACGAGAGGCGGGUGCUGCGUCGCUUCAAGGAAGCCAAAGUGCGUGGCCUGAGCGUCGAGCAGCGCACAGUGGACAUGCCAGUAAUCGUUUCGCAUUUGGCGCGCCAUGGACCAAUUAUAUUACUGACAAAUGCCUCGCUGCUCGUCUGCGAGAUCUGCCGCAAAACAAUACGUGAGAGAUUUGGUUGCUUUCAUCUAUUUUGUUAUUUCCGAAACUCAAAAUUGCCAACGGAUGAAAACAAAAGGUAUGCGGGACACUACGUGGUGCUCUGUGGCUACGAUAUAACCACGCGUAAGUUGUUUUAUCACAAUCCAGAAGUACGCGACGGACACGUUUGCCGGUGUUUUUCUGGGGCAAUGGACACCGCGCGUAUUGCCUUUGGCACCGAUCAGGACAUCAUAUUUAUUUAUGAGAAGACGAAUCGCAAAAAGUAGAUUUCAAGUGCUCAGUGACCCCAUGGCCGAUGCAGUAGUACCUGCCCAGCAGUUUCCAGAGUUGUUAUUGUUAUAUGGACCUGCGCCUAUGUGAUAUUUUUAUUAGGAAUGGGAUCCGAUUGUGCUAGGCUGGGCCUCUCACCUGAAGUACCUAAACAUUGCGUUACCGAAGUUUUCACCAGCUUACUAUUAUUAUAUAUUUUUAUAUUAUAUUAAAUAAAAACCUUCGAUUUUUUUUA